AAGGCAGUUGGCAGUUAUCGUUGGUUUUCAAGCCCAAUUCCAACGACUUUUAACUUGGUAAACUCCGCCACUCUAAAACCCCUCGGACUCUCCAAAGCAUUAUAUCUGUCUCACACAACACACUCACUCGUACAUGCACUCCCACCUCCACCGUUCUCUUAUUCAGCGCACAUUUUCUUCUUCGUCUUCACGCUUUGCUCUUCCACCCUUCUCAAAUUCACUUUCAACAAUGGCUUCCUCUUCUCUCACUCUCCCUUCCAUUUCUCUCCACAAGCAGCUUCCUUUCAAUGCCUCCUCCUCCAAUUCCCUGCGGAUUCGAAGCCUUCGACCUCGGAAUCCAGACCGAUCUAGGGUUUUCAUGACCAGCGUCUCGGUUGGAUCUCAGGCCCUCGUUAAUGAUUCCUUGUUCUCCGAUUACAGCCCCACCUCAGCUUUCCUUUUUCCCGGCCAGGGUGCCCAAGCAGUUGGUAUGGGAAAGGAGGCUCAAAAUGUACCUGCUGCUGCGGAAUUGUACAAGAAAGCAAAUGACAUAUUAGGGUUUGACCUUCUAGAUAUUUGCAUCAAUGGACCAAAAGAGAAGCUAGAUUCGACUGUUAUAAGCCAGCCAGCUAUCUAUGUCACAAGUCUAGCUGCAGUUGAGCUAUUUCGUGUGCGUGAUGGAGGUCAGCAGAUUAUUGAUUCAGUUGAUGUCACGUGUGGCCUAAGCUUGGGAGAAUAUACUGCUCUAGCAUUUGCUGGGGCUUUUAGCUUUGAGGAUGGACUAAAGCUGGUCAAAUUAAGGGGAGAAGCCAUGCAGGAAGCUGCUGAUGCUGCUAAAGGUGCCAUGGUCAGUAUAAUAGGACUGGAUUCAGAAAAGGUUCAACAGUUGUGUGAUGCAGCCAAUCAAGAAGUUGACGAAGCUGAUAAAGUUCAGAUUGCAAAUUACCUGUGUCCUGGAAAUUAUGCUGUAUCUGGAGGUGUGAAAGGAGUGGAAGCAUUAGAAGCCAAAGCAAAGUCAUUCAAGGCUCGAAUGACGGUGCGCCUAGCUGUUGCUGGUGCUUUCCACACCAGUUUUAUGGAACCAGCUGUCUCAAGAUUGGAAGCUGCAUUAGCAGCUACGGAAAUCAGAACUCCAAAAAUACCAGUUAUAUCCAAUGUUGAUGCACAGCCACAUGCAGAUCCUGACACAAUUAAAAAGAUAUUGGCUCGUCAGGUGACUUCUCCUGUUCAAUGGGAAACAACAGUGAAGACUCUCCUGACCAAGGGGCUGAAGAAGAGUUAUGAAUUGGGGCCUGGAAAGGUUAUAGCUGGCAUUGUGAAGAGAAUGGACAAAAGUGCAGUCAUUGAGAAUGUUGGUGCUUGAGAAGGCCAUUAAAGGGUAGCUACUUCACUAGCAUCCCCAUCACCUUGUGAACACAUCUGUAGCAUUUGAAGUUUGAGCUGAGGAUCCAUAUUCAAGUCAAACCCAGAGAAGACAUUUGGAAAUUCAAUUUUUGGUUAGCAUAGACCAGUCUUAGAUUUUUCAUUCCGCAUUAUAAUGGACCGAUUUGAGAGUUGUUUCAGUCAAAUUGUCAAUUGUUGUCCAGAGUUCCAAAAUGGUUCUGUACUAUCAUGGUUAUCUACUUGUAAUGGUAGUGCAUGAGAGUUAGUGGUGGCCAUAUUUAUAGAUUGCUGCAUUGUAUGAGAUAAGAUGAGUGAAUAAAUCAUAUGAGGGAGGUUGUAGUGGCAACUGCCAUUUGUUUGAAAUUUUUAUCAGCUCGUAAUAGAUGGUAUGAAAUUUUAUUUUUGAUUUCCGAUCACAUCA